UAGAUUUGUAUAAAAGGGCGUUCCAGACAACUAGGAUCUUUACCACUCUGGCCUUUUGGCUUAGAUCAAGUGUAGUAUCUGUUCUUAAUAGUUUAACCACUAUUAUGAGGGCACCGCCCUCAUUCUUUGGUUAUCAAAUUUUUGCCGCCCUUGUUCUCACGAGCUCUGCUUGCAACUCGAGGGACAUGAUGACCUUGCCGCUGCACUACUGGCUUGCGUCGUCGGGGGAUCUCUUUUUGAUGUUCUCUUUGCUCAGUAACUACUUCAUGGUCUCUUGACUAUGCAUGGUGCUUGGCAAACAGAAC